UAAUAAAAUAAUACAAUAUACAAAUGGCUAACAUUUUGAUUCUAUCACUUCUCUUCCUAAUCAUCUUUUUUUUUCUCACCGCCUUGAAACAUGCAAAGCGGCGGCAACAUCGAUCAAUACCGUCUCCUCCUGGUUUACCUAUCAUUGGAAACUUACAUCAGCUCGGAGAUUUACCUCAUCGGUCUCUAUGGAAGCUCUCAAAAGAGUAUGGUCCUGUGAUGCUUUUGAAGCUUGGAAAAGUCCCAACAAUUAUACUUUCAUCCUCAGAGACAGCAAAACAAGCUCUAAGAGACCAUGACCUCCAUUGUUGUACCCGUCCUUCCUUAGCAGGGGGACGAGAGCUCUCUUACAACAAUCGGGACAUAUCUUUCUCUCCUUACAAUGACUACUGGAAAGAACUAAGAAAGCUCUGUACUCGAGAAAUCUUCAGUGCUAAAAGAAUUAACUCAACUCAACCCAUCAAGGACGAGGAGGUCAAGAAAAUGAUCCAUUCAAUCGCGGAAUCAGCUUCUCGGAAAACUCCGGUCAACCUGAACGAGAAGUGUCUUGCUUUAAGUGUAAGUAUAGUAUGUAGGACAGCAUUUGGUGUGAUUUUUGAGGGAAAUGUUCUUAGCAAUGACAGGUUCAACAAGCUAAUCCGUGAAGCAUUCGAGAUGUUGGGAAGUUUCUCUGCCUCAGAUUUUAUUCCAUACAUCGGCUGGAUCAUCGACCGGCUCACUGGUAUGCAAGGGCGGAGAGAGAAAACUGGACAAGAUCUCGAUGCAUUCUAUGAACAAAUAAUUGAUCUGCAUAAAGAGGAAAAGGAAGUAGGCAGUGAAGAUUUUGUGGACUUGCUAUUGAAAUUGGAGAAAGAAGAAGCUGUUGUUGGAAAUGACAAGUUCACAAGAAACAAUACCAAAGCAAUCUUGAUGGACAUUCUUUUAGCGGGGAUUGAAACUUCUUCAGGAACCAUGACAUGGGCGAUGGCAGAACUAGCGAGAAACCCGCGAGUGAUGAGGAAAGUUCAAUCUGAAAUCCGAAACAAAUUUGGGAAGAGAGAACUAAUCAGCUUGGAAGACAUCGACCAACUCCAAUACUUGAGAAUGGUAAUUAAAGAAACAUACAGGCUACAUCCUUUAGCACCUCUUCUGCUCCCUAGAGAAGUAAUGACUGAAUUUGAGAUCGAUGGCUACAAGAUUCAACCCAAGACACAUAUUCAUGUCAAUAUAUGGGCUAUUGGGCGUGAUCCCAAUAUCUGGAAAGACCCAGAGGAGUUUCUUCCCGAGAGGUUUUUUGAUAGCAAGAUUGAUACAAAAGGACAGAGCUUUGAGUUAUUAGCCUUUGGAAGUGGCAGGAGAAUCUGUCCUGGAAUGUACAUGGGAGAAACAAUGGUGGAGUUUGGUCUGGCGAAUAUGCUGUACCAUUUUGACUGGCAAUUACAAGAAGGCAUGGAAGUCGAAGAUAUUGACAUGGAAGAAUGUCUUGGAUUCUCUGCGGGAAAGAAAAAUGGUCUUCUACUUCUUCCUGUGAAAUAUUUAGAUCAUUGAUUGAAUAAAUUUUGCAUUUAAUCAUUCAAUGAUCCAAAUAUGGUUUUUGAUUAAAUAAAUUUUAUAUUCAAUCAAACUACAUAUAACACUUCACUACAACUAUUUUAGAAGCUGGAUAUUAUUGUAGCUGAUUAGCCUGAAUAGUCUACGUUCAAUCAAUUAGAAAGUUACCCUAGCUUUGCUUACGAA